AUGGCGACCUCCGAGACCCCCAAGCGCGACACCCGAAAUCACCAGCUUUUCGAGAUAGCUACUGAGGUUGCUAAUCGAGUGGGAGGAAUCUAUUCGGUGCUCAAGUCCAAGGCUCCCGUUACCACCGCCGAAUAUGGCGACCGCUACACACUCAUCGGGCCAUUGAACAGGGCUUCGGCUGCCGUCGAAGUCGAGGUUAUGGAGCCAACCGACCCGGCCAUCACCGAAACGAUCGCGUCGAUGAAGGAACGGGGUAUCGACAUUAUCUACGGCCGCUGGCUGAUUGAGGGUGCUCCUAGAGUGCUGCUGAUAGAUACUGGAACUGGCUAUCGCUACCUGGAGGAGUGGAAGGGUGAUCUCUGGAAUACCUCGGGCAUUCCAUCGCCCGAGGGCGACCACGAGACAAACGAAGCCAUUGUCUUUGGAUACUUGGUCGCCUGGUUUUUGGGAGAGUACAUCGCCCACGAGUCGAAACGUGCUGUGAUUGCCCACUUUCACGAAUGGCUGGCAGGUGUUGCUCUUCCUCUGGCAAAGAAGCGCCACAUGGACCUGACCACAAUCUUCACCACACACGCAACUCUCCUGGGUCGUUAUCUGUGUGCGGGCUCGGUAGACUUUUAUAACAACCUGCAACAUUUCGAUGUCGACGCCGAGGCAGGCAAGCGUGGUAUCUAUCACCGGUACUGCAUCGAGAGAGCUGCAGCCCACUCUGCAGAUGUCUUCACGACAGUGUCCCAUAUCACCGCGUUUGAGAGCGAGCACCUGCUCAAGAGGAAACCAGACGGUGUCUUGCCCAACGGAUUGAAUGUGAAGAAGUUCUCUGCGAUGCACGAGUUUCAGAAUCUCCACUCCCAGGCCAAGGAGAAGAUCCAUGACUUUGUUCGCGGCCAUUUCUACGGCCACAUGGAUUUUGAUCUUGACAACACACUCUACUGCUUUACGGCUGGUCGGUACGAGUACCGCAACAAGGGCGUUGACAUGUUCAUCGAGGGUCUAGCGCGGUUGAACCACCGUCUAAAGAACAGCGGCUCCAAAACAACCGUUGUCGCUUUCAUCAUCAUGCCGGCUCAAACAUCCUCGUUGACAGUCGAGGCAUUGAAGGGUCAAGCGGUUGUCAAGUCACUGCGGGACACUCUUGAAAUGGUUGAAAAGGGCAUUGGUCGACGUCUGUUUGAACGAUGCCUGACCUGGAAGGACGGUGACAAUAUGCCUGACGAGAAGGAUCUGAUCACAAGCCAAGAUCGAGUGCUUCUGCGUCGCCGACUGUUUGCCCUGAAGCGCCACACUCUGCCUCCCAUUGUCACGCACAACAUGGUCAACGACUCGGAAGAUCCAAUUCUCAACCAGAUCCGUCGCGUUCAGCUCUUCAACCACCCAUCGGACCGAGUCAAGGUGGUGUUCCACCCAGAAUUCCUCAAUUCAGCUAACCCGGUUCUACCUCUGGACUACGACGACUUUGUGCGCGGCACGCACAUGGGCAUCUUCCCGUCCUACUACGAGCCGUGGGGAUACACGCCGGCAGAGUGUACAGUCAUGGGCGUUCCCAGCAUUACCACGAAUCUGUCCGGCUUCGGUUGCUAUAUGGAGGAACUGAUUGAGAACUCGUCAGACUACGGAAUCCACAUUGUAGACCGACGGUCAAAGGGCGUGGAUGACUCGGUUAAUCAGCUUGCCGACUUUAUGUUCGAUUUCGCGUCCAAGAGCCGGCGUCAACGAAUCAACCAGCGAAACCGAACGGAGCGAUUGAGCGACUUGCUGGACUGGAAACGUAUGGGUCUUGAAUAUGUCAAAGCUCGCCAGCUUGCUCUGCGAAGAGCUUAUCCAAACUCAUUCGACUCCGAAGAGGACUUUACCGACUACAUUGGCGGCACAGCUCAGAAAAUCUCUCGGCCUCUGUCCGUCCCAGGCUCGCCGCGUGAUCGCAGUGGCAUGAUGACUCCUGGCGACUUUGCUUCGCUGCAAGAAGGCCGCGAGGGACUCAGUACGGAGGACUAUAUCGCGUGGAAACUGCCUGAAGAGGAAGACCCGGAUGAGUAUCCUUUCCCCCUCACCUUGCGAACCAAAAAGCCGGGCGACCACGCUCCGUCGCCUCUCGAUUCUUUCUCUCUGAAUGGAAAAUAA